UUUUUAACUAAUUCCAUUGUAAAUCUUCUUUCGGAGAGGAAAAUUAUUUUAGAUGUUGGCGGCCCUUAUAAGCCUAGUAGGCUGGUAUGGAGAGGUUUGCCACAGGGGUCUGUUCUGAGUCCUUUAUUGUACAAUAUUUAUACAUAUGAUCUAGAAGGUUCAGUCGGAGAUUCAGCAAGUUUAUUACAGUAUGCCGAUGACUUGGUUAUUUAUGCCUCUGAUAUGUCUGUAAGUACUGCUGAACGAUAUGUUUCCUCCUCUUUAUCUUUGCUAAAAAUCUGGAUGGAUGCAAAUGGCCUUGAUCUGUCUCCCUCAAAAAGUACUGUUGUACUUUUCACCAAAUCCCGUACUCCUUGCUCACUUAAUAUAACAUAUGAUGGGGAUAUAUUACCCAUUAGGAAUCAAGUUAAGUUCUUAGGAGCUAUUCUUGAUUCUAAACUAACGGGUCAACCACACUGCGAAUUUGUGGUUAGUAAAUGUGAGCGAAACUUGAACAUGCUGAGAUGUCUCGGUGGGGUUUGGUGGGGUGCUCACCCGGCUACACUGAGGUUGGUGUAUAAUGCUGUCAUUAGAAGUGUACUGGAUUUUGGGACAUUUUUCUUAGACCCAGGUAAUGUGGCUGGCUUUAGAAAACUAGAUCUCAUACAGUCUAGGGCUUUGAGGAUUGUUUCUGGUGCCAUGAAAUCGAGUCCGGUUAAUGCUCUGCAAAUAGAAUGUUGUGACCCUCCUUUAAACUUAAGACGUCAAUAUCUGUCCGAUAGAUUCAUUUUUAGAAUUUUUCAGUUCCAUAAUCAUCCCCUCAUUUCGAAACUAGAGUUUCUUUCUAAAAAAGUACCCUCUUCACAUAAACCUUUACCUUGUCUGUUAAAAAGUUUCCUGAAAUUCAAACAAUUACAAGCCCCAACUCAUUCUUUUCAGGUGCUUCCUUUAUUUGGCGCUUCUUAUGAUUCUCUCUUACUUUCUCCAGUGAUUUGCUUUUCUCUUGGCAUUGAAAAAUCUGAUUUUAAUGCCAAUGAAAAUUUUAAUUGCAAUGUCAAUAGUAAAUGGCCUAACUGGCAUCAAAUUUAUACAGAUGCAUCUAAACACUCCAGUGGGUGUGUUGGUGUUGGAGUGUAUCACAAACAGUACAACAUAGUUCAGAAAAUUAAAUUACCUCCGGAAUCAUCGGUCUUUACCGGUGAAUGUUUUGGACUAUUAAAAGCUCUUGAAUAUGUGCUGUCUUUCAAACUAAAAAAAACCGUUGUAUUUACUGAUUCCUUAAGUGCAUUACAGAGCUUAGCAAAAUUUUCACUAAAACUUAACCCUUUUUUUCAUGUAAUAUUUGAAUGUAAGAGAAAGCUGUUGCACUGCCAAUCACACAACUAUUUAGUAUCAUUUUGUUGGGUACCUAGUCACUGUGGCAUAUCUGGAAAUGUGAAAGCUGACAGUUUGGCCAACAGUGCUACUGUGACCGGUGACGUAUACCCGUACAAGAAUUUUGGCCAUGAUCUUGCUGCUUUGCCCGGCAUAUGCCUCCACAAAUCGUGGAAUAUGUGUUGGGAAGAGAGCGGCCGGAUUAAGGGUCGUUUCUUGUAUGCUAUACAGUCUUCCGUUCCCAGGAAGCCAUGGUUUGCCAAAUUGUCGUUUGGUAAAACCGCCACUUCUACUAUAAUUCGUAUGCGUCUGGGACAUAACAGCCUUCCAGUUCAUUUGCACAAACUUGUUUCCUUCGUUUUUUAUUAUUUAUAAACUGUAAAUAAAUAAAACGGCGAAUUAUAAAAACGUUAUUACUUGACGCUGGCUAAUGCACAAAACGUGCCAGAGCCAAAAAUAAAGAAGAAGAAGACAAUGACGUCAACUUAUGGCUGAUAAUUUCAACUAAGAAGUUUACAUCAAACAGUUCAUAAACCACCGUUAUUACACAUUUAAACCUAAAAUAAAACAAUCACACAACUUCACUCCUCGCGUUCCCGCCAAAAAGUCUAUUUCUUUCUUUGUCGUGUAAUGUUGCUUAAUACACGAACGGAACCGAGCGAGCGAGACAGACCGAUCUACGCAAAAGAAAUGAGCAAGCGACACGGAAUUAUUUCUAGUGAUUUUGACCCGUAUGCCCUGGCCUCUAGGUACAUUUUUAUACCUAUGGUAUAGUAACCGGCAAACAUCUUGAGCAAAUGACCUUGACUGCGCAGAACCGAAUUUUAGAUCACUUUGGUGGUGAGGGUGAGGCGCGACGGCAGGGGAAAUCUUAUCGAGCGCGUUAUUGGUAGAUCAGUCGAACCUUGCGUCCCGCACCGCGCCCUCGUUCCGCUUGCUCCCAAAAGUACGCUUGCGUACAGUGAAAAGUCUAUCGUUAUUAAUCGUUAUGUUAUUUGUUAUAAUUGCUUGUUGACUUUGUUGCCAUUGCUAUUUGUUGAGUGUUUGUUGAUUUUUUAUAAAAAAUACACUAUGCCGCGACAAACUGGUGUAGUAUUCAAAAGAAAGGGUACAAAAAUUGUGUACGACGUAUAUUGCUUCAUUAUAAAACAGGGGAAAAAUGAUAUGGAAAAAGUAAAACAGACUUCGGAAGCAACAAAAACAUCAGUGAGUACUGUUAGGUCCAUUAUUAACGAAGCUAAAGGCUCUGGCUUGCUCGCCGUGUUUGGGACUCCGGGUAAGAAAAGAUCAGGGAAGAAGAAAGUUACCGGAAUGGAUAGUUUCGUUCAAUCUGUAAUAAAAAGAUGUAAUCAUAAUAACUACAUAGCAAGCAGCGAAACUCCGUACCGUAGAAAGGCUUCGAAAAAUUUAAAGAAGAUUUACAUUUUAAUGGCUCGGCAUGAAGUUUACGACGAAUUAUGAAAGAGCUAGGCUUCAGAUGGAAAAAAAAACCAGAAAAUAAUCGGAAGCUGGUAAUUAAAAAAAGGAACAUUCGAUUACUACGAAUCGAAUAUCUUCAAAAAAUGAUUAAUUAUCUAUAGACAAAAAAGAAGAUCGAACCGACCGAGUUGUAAACUACACCGAUGAGCCCUAUGUCGACUCAUCACGAUGAUGGCGACUCGGGUGAUGAAAACAGUGAUGAUGAUGAUGGUCAAGAUUAUGAUAACGAAAAAAAAUAUACAAAUACCAGCUUCGCUUCAACUGAACCAAGACCUGGCAACAGCUCUAGUUUUGACUUAAUAGAAGGAAUAUCUAUUUUACCCCAAGAUUAAAUUAUUACAAUUAUUAACCUAUAUUUUUUGUUGAUGUUCUAAUAAAUAUAUAAAUAAAUACA